AUGGCGGUGUCUAAGGUCUUGAAGCUUCUUAUGCUUGCCAAUACCCUUGAAUUUGUGUUUUCCUGUGGCGGCGGCGGAGGGCCAUCUCCAUGCUCAUGGACCACUUGUGCACACCAAUGGAGAAACGAUUGGGGUCCUUCGCUUCCCCAAGGACAAUGCCGGAGGCAACAUCGUAAUGCUCACCAUAUUACUACCACUCAUAAUGGCAAGACUCCUUGUCCGUCUCCAUCGCAUUGUAGUCCGAGUACUCAAUACAGAACACUAUGUAAGUGUAAUUCGUAAAGUGUUAACUUUUCGGUUGCCUAACGGUUACAUUUUUUGGCUGUUUUACGACCAUUAGUUAACCCUAUCGAGACCCUCUCUCUAAGAGAUCAAUAUAACCAUGUUUAAGAAUUAGGAACAUAAGGCUUUGAAAAAUUCCUAAAUAUCUCGUAUUUUUUGCUGUGUUCUGUUGGUUCUUACAUUGAUCUCAUGGCCAUAAAUUCUAAACUCAUAUUGUUUCUUAACCUUUUAGUCUAAUUAGUAAAAUAGAAUUGGGUUUAAAUUCUUGAUAUCUAUACUUUGAAGUGCUACUUGUAGUUUUUAUUUCCAAGCGAUCACUCGCAUUCCGUUGACUUAAUUAGUUUUUAGGCCACAUAGAUAUACUGAUAGUAUCUGUUUAAAGAACCAAAAGGCGACAAUUUAUCUUUUUAAAACCUGAGGCCUUUAACAUUUUGCUGUGGUUUUCUAUAUUGAAUGAGUACAUGAAGUCCUUUUUUCUCCGAAGACAACUCUUUUUACCAACAGAUCACUCUAUUAGAAUUGUAUAGGGAAAGAAAGGUUUUAAAUUCAAAGCUAAUUCCUCGUUUAUAAAUCGCUAUUCAAUAGAUUAUUUUACGGCAAAGAACAGUAAGCCAAGCAACAGAUAAAAUUAAUAUCAAUAUCAUAUCGUGGCUUUAUUUUAGGAAAUCCAUUGCAAAGAUUUCAUUGUAAUAUUCUGCUUGAGUAAAAUCAACCAUUUACUGUUUCUUCAAAUAGGGCAUAGUUUCGAUGCAUUUUUUAUUUUGCACCUGUGAAGCAAAAGUAAAUAUAACCGUGAUAUGGCGUGUCACUCAGCAAGGCUGUAAGAAAGAAACUAAUUUUUUUUUCCGAUGAAAUUUGAUUGACUAGAGCCACGUAAAUCUGCAUUAAGUCAAAACACGAAUUUCCCUUAGGCUGAAAAAAAAUAAUAGUUUUGUUUAAGAUCUUUAGAAUUUUGUAAUUAGAUGAUAUGUUGACCCAAGUGAGAUUAAUGAAUGACACCAGAAGCAAAACGCAAAGAUUCAUAAACGGCUGUGUUUGGAAUAACGUAAAACCUGAGGUAAAUUGCGUCAAUAAUAAUUUUCCUUCGUCUGUUUACAGUAAAAAAUUAAGUAAAAUCGUAAUCGGAAUUAUCUUUUCUUAAAAAGUUGUAUUUUUUCUUAUCAUGGCAGUAAAGUAAAGAUAAAAAUUUUACUCACCUCCAUUAAGAGAAAUAUAAAAGUUGCAGUCUGAUUAAAUCUGAUCACUAUUAUUGUAUCAUUUUAGUUAUAAUUAUUAUUUAAUUAUUAUUUUUUUAUAUUAGUAAUAAUAAUAACAUCAUUAUUAUCACUACUGUUAUUACUAUUAUCAUUAACAUCAUUCUUUUUCUUUUUUUUUGUUUGAUAAUUGAUCUUAACACUCUCAUUUCGUCCGAAUUAGUCCAUGCCGGAAACUUCAUUCAUGCCACCGUAUAUGCGUUGAAUUAAGCUAGUUAAAGGAAUACUUUAAGAGAUGACUCCUAUUUUCUAAAGAAUCAUGUUGGUUAAGUACAAUCUCGUUGGAUAUUUUAUGGCCGCUCGUGCUGCGUUAACUUACUACAAAAUUAAUCUCGUGGACUAGAAAGGACCAUUAUUAGCCGGAUAAAUAAGCUAACCUGGGACAAAGUGAAUAGGCAACGGUAAAUACUAAGGGCGACUUAGUUUCCUAACUGGGUGAAGAAGCAAGAGAGAAAAACGCACAAACGAUAGACGGUAUCUCCAUGCAAAGUGCUAUCUUAAGUAAUCUUGAAAACUCGGCUCAACUUGAAUUAUCCAUCGAAGUUUAUGUAUAACUUUUGCCAUUCUCUUUAUUUUACUCCGCAGGUUCGUGUAAAAAUGCUUAUUACUGUCCGUUCCACGCAUGGUCCGGCUGGUCUGGAUCGGUUCCCCAAGGGACAUGCAAACGUCAGAGUCGUUAUCGCGACUACAAUCAACACACCAGAUACGACAUUAGGGACAACAACUGCCAUGGUAUCUCAAGCAUUUGUGGAAACCGAGAGUACAACUACAGAAACUGGUGUAAGUCAAAUAUACGGCGUUCGUAGGUUAAUAUAGCAGUAUCUUGGUUUUUCAAGUAAUUUCUAGGAAAGCACCCUAACACAUCGGAGCCAGCCACUGGGUUAAUAUGGAUACCUCGAUUGAUGACAUUUAAUUGUGAUGAAUUAAGCUGCCGGAGCAAGGAAAGGAGCCUGAGAUUUUGCACUUCAGUCUUUACUGCCCAGCAGAUUCCAUUGUUACAAUGGAACAAUCUUCUGCCCUUGCUAAGAUUUAAAGCUGCAUAAUGGAUUUUAGGAAAUGGCCACGCAUGUUUGUGCGUUGCCUGGUCUCAGCAGGAUUGAAUACAUGUCGAAAAAGGUUAACUGAAUAUAGGCAAGAUCCUGGGACGGGAUUCUAUGUGAAAAAAUCUUAAAAAAUAAGAAUCAUUAAACAAAUAAUAAACAAAAUAGAAAAAAUACCUGAAAAGAGCUGAAAAAUAAUUAUCAUUAUCAUUUGCUGUCCUCUCAUCCAGGCUCAUGCAAGUAUGCGACUUGUUCCCUUGGUGGAUGGACCAAUUGGGCGGAUCUUUCAUCUCCUGUCGGUGGACAUUGCGCCUCCCAGCGCCGUACCAGGAGCUACAGUCUUACUUGGCAAUAUACUGAAAGACAAGACAAUUGCAAUGGUAUUGGACCACAGUCCUGUCCGUCUCCUCAAUCAGAAGAUAGAGAAAAAGGUAAGAGUCAGAAGUUACAUUGUGAGCCAUUUUUGGAUAAUGUUUACUUUCGAAUAGAGAUGCAAAACUCUAAUUUGUAACUAAAUAAAAUAGUUAGCAUAGCCACAUAACAUCUUUCAAGUACCAAAUUAUGGAAAAAAUGCGUAAGGUUUGCGCAAAUUAUCAGAGAAAUGAGAAUCUUAAAAUUAUCGUGAAAACGUUUAUGCCACACAAUCCCAGUCAUGGAAAUGCAACUUUUUACUUUUAAGCUUCUUGUCAAUUAUUAACAUUUUCAAAUAAAAGAGUACAAUACUACUCUUACACGUCAGUCCACCUAACCUCGGAUUGCCAAAGGUGCUGAAUUCUACCCUUCCCCUAUGUCCUUUUUGUUUAUAUAACAUACACACUACUUAUUCAGUUCAAUGAAGUGAAAAAGUUUUCCUAUUUGAUCUGACCUUUUGAUCUAUUAUAGUUCGUAAUAACUCAGCUCAAGGAUGAAAAACCGUAGUCGUAUGUGACAUUUACCUUCAACUUCAACCAUUAUUUACAGUUUCUUUACAAUUUCUGUAACCUUUUAAAUCCUAGGAGUAACUAAGACAGAAUUUAUCCUUGUAUCAAGAAGACCAUUGAUGAGAAUAACGAAAAAUAGCAAUUAGGAGAUUAUGGGUUGAGCCAAUUCCAAAUUAUUCAAGCUCAUAUCCUAAGGAUGAUAUGGCAGACAAUAAGGAGAAUUGCAAAGAGAUCUUGGGAGUGAAAGGGUCGAAAAAUUAAAACGAAGUUUAUGACGAUCGUUAAUUACCUUAAAUUGCUAUUUUGGGUACAUCAGCCAGAUGUCCGUAAGAAGGCCACAAGUACACAAGUAUCGCUUCACUUCUCCGUACGGUUUAGUACUGGAAGCAACAACAUCGAUUGUUCGCUUUAAAUAUUCAUCUAAGAGCAAGCUAGAUCAGCAAAAGGAAGUUUUCUAAUGAAAUAUAUCCUUCGUUAUAUAUAUCCUUCGUUAUUAAGGCAGUAUUCUUUCUCAGAAAGGCGACAAAGAUUUUCGCAAAACAAUCUCCUUUUCUUCACUUAGUUGUCACUUGUCCUGCUCUUGGAAAUCCGGUACACGGGAGCUGGGAUCGAGAUGAUUGUCGAGCUAACCCACAAGUAUGCAGGUCAGUUUGUCUCCUUCGAUGUGACGUUGUCAAUGGCUUUCAGCUGGAAGGCCCGUCCCAGCGCACAUGUCAGGGAAACGGUCAGUGGUCCACGCCCUGGAAUUCAUACUGUAAAGGUAUGGUGCUAUAAUAGCGAGCAUGAACGAGUUGGGUUAAAGGUCUGUGGAGACACCUACUGAAUCACGUUGGCAGUUGUUUUCAGUCCUUUCGCUAUCUAAUAAAUAAAUUCCUAAUUGCCGUGGGUCUGUUUAGCUAUAGAUAACAAGUGACGUGGAAAUGUGGUGAGAGCUAAAAAGUGGCUCAUGAGGCGCAGGUAGAUACGUCACUAAUGCUCUUACUGCAUUUUGACGUAUUCUGUGAUCUAUUGCAUGUAUCCGCCUUUCCUCUAAUAUAUUAUUAGUAAGAACCAAUCAAAAGGCGUGUACAUUUCAGCAUAUCACAUAAAUUGUUUUUGCUUCUGUUUUUUUUUUUUCACCUGCUACAGUUUCUAGGCGUAUGCUAAUGAGCUACUGGCGUAUGAGAUUAGUUAUUGGAUAGAUGACAGGAAUUUCGAUAAUUUUCUUGUAUUCUUUUUUUUUUUUUUUUUUUUUUUUUUCAAUUCGCAAUUGCAAGACGUUCGACCUCCCACCAUUAUUUGUCCAAGUUCGAUUUCUGUGUCUACUGAUCUUGGCAAAGCAACCGCCAAAGUUUGCCUACCCAAAGCCGCCGCCAGCGACAACAGCGGUCAGCAGCCGACGAUCACCACAAGCGUAGGUGCUGAAAGUAAAGACUUCAUAGCUCAAUCAACACCUCACCAAGUGGUGUAUACUGCAAGAGAUGCAGCAGGUUUGGAAUCGAAAUGCACACUUCAAAUAACAGUAUCAGGUCAGUGAUUUUCUUGGGGUAGUUAACCCUAAGUAAUUGUAUAAAGUUUAUCUUACCCGCUUGCAAAAUGUUGGGUUCUCAUUCAAGCGAACAAUAAAUAGUGUAUGAAGCUGAUCGAAGGUGUCACCGAAAUUAACGAAAUUAAGAAAAAAGAAAGCAAGUGUCUAACAACAGUUUAGAUGAAAAGUGUUCUGACAUGCACCAACUUAAUUUUUUGCCAGUACAACUAAGGAAUUAGCAAAGUUAUUAUAGCCGUCAAUCAUAACACAUGAGUUUACUUAAUGUAUAAAAUGAGAUAAUUUUCUUUUUAUCAAUCGCCAAUGAUUCUUUCUUGUUGUUCUACCUUUUCUGCGUUACUGAAACGUCAAUUCUGCGUCAAAUGUUUUGCUUUCAAAGAAACAAUUAUUGUGACUCAAAAAGCCAGAGAGGUUCUGAAAUGCGUUCUUGACGACCUCCUUUGUAUGUUUUUUCGCCUACAGAUACUGAACGACCUCGUGUUGAUUUUUGUCCGAGCGACAUCAAAAGGGAAAGCGAAAAUGCAGUGCGGGUCACGUGGGAGUAUCCUAGAUUCGAAGACAACCUUGACAAGCCCCCAGUUCAGCUUCUAAUUUCCAGCAAUAGAAAUCCGGGAGUUGAGUUCCCGUGGGGUAUAUAUCCAGUGGUUUACGAGGCCUCCGACAGGGCAGGAAAUAAGGCUAAAUGUGAAUUUACAGUGGAAGUUGGCCGUAAGUUUUAAUGUGAAAAAGUAUACUUGGCACAUUUUAGGUUAGCAAAUUUGACAAAAGAAAGUUUGAGGGGUUAAGCAAUGAGUAAUAGCUGAGUUAGUACCAUCCAUAUGGAUUAAUAAAACCUCCGUAUAUUUAUAAAAGUCAUCGCCAAUUUGACAGAAAUCAUGAUUUAAUGAAACUACAAAGUGAUUGUGAAUAAAUUAUUCCCAGCUCUAAAGAGGUAGCUUGCAUUCGUUUUAAACAAUUUAGCGAGAAAUUUCAGGGUAAUUAAGAAAAAUUAUGUGCAAGUGAACUAAAGAUCGUAUCUAGCGAUGAUUGUUGCUUUUUCUUUUUCAUGAAGUCAUUUAUUUUCUAAUGUACUUAUAUGUUUCUUGAUUGUUAAAUUCAUUCAUUAUUUUCUUCUAUAAUGCCUUAUGUGAACUUAUUCACCUGUCUUUUUUCCAUUCCAUUAGCGGUACCAUGCAAGUAUUAUGAUGCUCCGGCGUAUGGAAUACGAGCCUGCAACAAAAAGACAACGGAUUCUAACGGUGUGAAAUAUGAAAUGAUUUGCGUGAUUCAAUGUAAACAGGGAUACGGAUUUUCAGAUCCAACAACACCAAAUACCUACUGGUGUCGAUCGGAUGGAGUGUGGACCAAGCUUUUUUAUGGAAUACAGCAUAUCCCAGUACCCGAUGGUCAACGACCGUGGCCUGAUUGCUCGCGUAAGUUAUUUUGAUGAUUAAUCUAUCUUAGCGUUUAAGAGGAAAUUAGGUAGAGAUUAUAUAAAAUGAAGGAGCGGAAAGGAAAGUCGGCUGAUGGUACAGGCCUGGAUGGUCAGCCGCUUUGGCCUGAUUGGACGCGUAAGUUAGUGUGCUGAUUCAUCUACCAGGGCGUUUAACGCCUUUAGAGCUCAGGGCAGUGAGCAAACGGAACGAACAAAGGGCUGAUGAUCCAGGCCUUGAUUGGGAUUAGUUGGUUCCACAUACGAUAUUCAUACAAUCUUUUAAACGGAAGUCGGCUGCUUUCAAGAAGUCCACAAGAAGACUAAGCUCAUCCUUUGAAUGAAAAUAAUGAAAAUAGUAUUUUGGCCUUCAGAUUGGAGAAUACAUAUUCAGCUAUUUAGAAAAAAUGGAAGCGAUAUUUCUCAGGAAAGAAACUACGGUGUGAGCCCCCAGGUGAACAGAUUGCUGUUUUCCGGCGUCUCAAAAUGAAUUUGAAGUUACUCUAGAGAUGAUUUUAGCAUUUCCCUGCCAACGCUCUGAUUGUCCCUCUCUGUCCCCUCAUUUCCUCCAGCUAAACCAUAAGCACCUUAACAUCAUCUCGCCUUUUUCUCUUAGUCGCUGCUUGCAUGAACAGAGGAUAAAAAGACUGAAUACUUAAAUAAUGUAUUACAGGGCGUGGCAAAGCCGAAACUUGAAUUUUCAAUAGAUUGUUUUGGAUUGUGGAACUUGUGCUUGAAAGACUUAAGUUAUGCACUUCUCAGUCUUCAUGAACAUUUUAUAAGGGUAGUUGGUGAAAGACCUCGUUGGUUUGGUCAUGGUUAUAUUUCACUUAUUGUAACGAAGAGGUUUCGAGUCAUGUGCUAAGGACUCUAAAAGACUUCCUCUAACAGAGACAAUCCAUAAACAUUAUUCUAGAUAGGUUCCAUUGUGACAAUUACUUCCACGCUUCCUUUAAUGACGACCUUUUAUUGCAAUUAUUUUUCAACAGCUGAACAAAAUGUGAACGCUGCCAAGAAAAACUUCACUUUCUACACUGGUUCUUGCGAAGAUAACGAGCAGGAAGCAUUGGCACGAAUUCGCCUGAACUUCUUGAAUGCCGUGCAAAAUAGUCCCCUGGCUAACUACGCCUUGUGCGACGUCAGUCAAGGCCAGGACUGUGUGGUUGAAAACGUGAAAGUGUACUGCGGACAGAACUCCAGAAAGAGAAGCGCAGGUGGACAACGCGUCAUCACAUUUGAUUUUGUAAUCAAGGAUAUGAAGGCCUCGUCAGAUCCGAAGGAAGAAGCCCCUAAGUAUGUAGAAAUAUUUAUUCUGGUAACUUAUAUCAAUUAGGUCUUUUUAGAAAAUUUUCUGAAUGAAUGCUUCCUAAACAUAAGAAGCUACCACGUUAUGUUAGUCCUUCAUGCUGUCCAAACCACGUAUAAGGGUCAGUCUCCUAUCAAAUGAUAAAAUCUUUCCGUGAGCUACCGUUCCUGUCGAGCAAUUUUAAAUUUGUUAUUCUACCCAAGUAUUUACUCAUUUGUUCCUUCUCUUUAUGAUCACAUUCGAAUGAAAUGGAAUACAUGAAGGAAAAUUCAUUUUCACCACUCAUCUCAUCUUUCAUUCAUUACUGUGAAGAUCACUUUCAUAUUCACAUUACAGCCUUUUUUUAUUUUUUAUUUGAUUUAUUAAUAUAUCUAUUUGAUUCGUCUGGUACCUCUUCAUAGAAUCGCUAAGAUAAUGAAAGAUCUGGACAGUUUGGAAUCGUAUUUGAGGGGGGAUUUUGCAAACGAUGCACAGAUGCCCGGAAUGCAAAUAUCAGCAGCUGUCAGUUCAGCUGCUUGCCCAGCCGGUAAAGUGAUUAAGGUUGUACCUGGUGAUAGCUCAGAAUUGGAGAGGACUGUCUGCAGUAAGUAACAAACCAAAAAGCAUUUUCGUACUCAUGCUAUAAGCUACACGGGAAGUUUUGGGGUUUUGAAAUAUCCUUCUUUUAGCACUACGAGAAGCUAUGAGGAAGAUUUCAGAUAAUUGUAAAAGUAUUUCAUUUUUAGUUGGCAAGAGAUUCAUAAAACCUUAGAUUCAUUAAAAGCCUUAUAAGCUUUCUAUUGCCUAAAAAAAAUGAUCGUCCAGACAAUUCCUUCAGCUCUUAUCCAAAGCUCAACAUACCGCUAUAUUUUACGGCAAUGGAGGGGAUGAAUGAACCUUAAAUGACCUUGGUUGGGUACCCUAAAUUUCUUUUUGCUCUUUGCAGUCAUUACCUCUGUCAUUAAUGUUCUUAUGUGAUGGCAAACCUGUAGUCUUACGAUUCAGAUACGUUUAUUAACUAAUAUUUUAAAAAUGCAUCACAAACUCGAAGUACUUUGUAAGUUUAGGGAACUUUAUCAGUAAUAUUGACAAUGGUACUAGGACCGAGUGGAGUCCAUUUCGGUCUGUAAUCAUAAGAGUGAUUCACAGAAUUUAAUCACUAGAAUUAUUACAAACAGAAUUGGACGACACGAAAGUAAAAAAAAAAAAACCAUCAGUGAACUCGGCGAAAUGCGAGACAACAGCGCACGCACUUGACGCGUUCUAUCCACUUACACGAGCGUAACAUGUUAACUGUCCCUUUAACUGUUCUAUUACACUGUUCAGUACAAGCAUGACGCGUAAACUACCCCAUUAGUGCUCAAAUCGCGUUUGAUAAUUUUGUUAUAGUUUUGAUUAAGUGUUUUAUAACCUCAGUCGAGUGCAACGCCGGUACGUUCUAUAACAAGGACACCCACACUUGCCAGAACUGUGCGGAAGGAUCCUUUCAAAAUCGCACCGGACAAUUUUCGUGUGAGCCGUGCCCAGCAGGAAGAUGGAGCUUUGGAGGCCAUUCCAAGAGUUUCAUAGAAUGUUUUGGUACGUGAAUGAUUUUAUGAUCAGAUCAGGUUCAGUUUGAAUAUUACAAAUAUUCAAUAUUGUUUUGCAAUUUUAUUGUCCUCUUCGGAUAGUAAAAAGAGACAAAAAUGUAUGGUAAUUUCUACUAAGAAACGAAAAACCCCUCACUCUUUGAUUGACCCUUCCAACGAUAACAUGAGAGUAGGUAAUAGCUCGUGAUAGUUUUUCAACUGCCUCUAGCCAGAAGGGUCUGGAAAGGGUUGCCUCUCGUAAUUAAUUAGAACUUUGGGCAGUUUCUUAAGACUGAAUUAUUCCAGAGACACAAUAGGUAUGGGGAACAAUUCUAUUCUGCUAAUUGAAAUUCUCUGACUAUGAACAGAAGCCAACUAAGUAUUUCCAAAGAAUGCGCAGCAAAGAAUAUGUUUUAUAGAAAAAAGCAAUGUGUUCUUACGGUACCAGCGAUUAAAAUAGGCAUUGCAGAUUUUAAGGGUUAAACCUGCUGAAUUACUUAGUACUGGUCACCUUAGCCAAAGGGAAUGGUAAUAUCCUAAUUCAAUUUAAAAAGUAGAUUCAAAGAGAAGCAUUUUCACGACGGAGCCAUGUCGGCCCGGCGAGACAAUAUAUUUAUUUUGAAUUUGUGCACUUAGAAAUCUGUGAGCCAGGAGAGUAUGCAAAGAAAGAAAAAUCUGGAGUUAUCAACUGUCUGAUGUGCCCAAUUGGAACGUACCAGCCAAAAUUUCGCGCCACGAAAUGCGAACCUUGUCCAAGUGGAAAAACCACCGCACAGAAAGCUUCUACUUCCAUAAAUGAUUGUCAUUAACCCAGUGGUAACUAUCUGUCGUCACUACUUGAUAUUACCACCAUCACCAUCAUCACCAUCACCAUCAUCACCAUCACCAUCACCAUCAUAAUCAUCGUAAUCAUCAACGUCCCUAUCGUUGUACUUUAUUAGCAAUUUAAUUCUAUAUAAUUUUAUGUUUCGGGCUAUUAAAGCUAACUUUGUGCUAUAGAUUGAAAUCUAUCUUGAAUUGAAGAAAAAAUCAUUACUAAAUGCGAAACGAGUUAGGAUAACUCGAACUAAAAUCGUUCCCCUUCCCCCAGUCAACCCAAUUACUCCAAAUCAUUUUCAUUUCCCAUGGAGGCUCGAAAAAUCGGGAGUCCACUGUUCGCGUUCCACAUGUUUUCUAGAAUAUGGCCAUUAAAUCUCAUAAAAAUGGCAGAUUUUGGCUCUUCAGCGAACUUCUAUUAAAAGAAAGAUAAAGACAAUUUCAUUUCGAAAGAUUAUGGAAAUUUGGAAGGCCUAAACGUUCUUAACAUGACUUCGAGAGGAGCAAUGAGUCAGUUUCAAACCACUGAUAAAAAAUUGUUCUCUUUAUUUCAGGAAGUGAAGCUUUGCUGGUCCCAGGCGAAUGAAAAUUAGCAUACGAGUGUAACUUUAAGCAUCCAAGUGACAGAAAUAAUUUUCUAUGUUUAGACCGUGGAAAUUAUUCAGUGCUGUAGAAGUAGAAAAAUAGCUGUAUAUGGAAUGAAAGGCAAACGGUUCCAAUUAUUUGCCAAGAAAAUAAACAAUAAUGAAAC